AUGAAGGCUAUUUCCAAAGUGCUUGAUGUCUUUCUUGAAAAGAUUAUUGAUGAGCAUCUUCAAUACAGGGAGAAGGGCAAAAACAAGGACUUCGUUGAUGUCGUGCUAAGUUUCAUGGAAUCUGAAGAAACUGACUACCAUAUUGAUCGAGGCUUGAGGUAUCACGACAAUUUCUUUUUGGAAAACUGUAGCUUUUCGUCAUCCGAUGGAACAAGAAUAUAUGUGAAAGCAGAGUUAGACUUGAUGACAUUGUCUAUUAAUAGCCCUAGUGAUUCACAGACAGACACACAGCAUGAUGGUUUGCUUUAUGCUUGA